AUGCAGCUUACUUCGAUCCUCGCACUUCUCGCGGCCGCAAAUGUCCCCGUGGCCAUGGGCUUCAAGGUUAUCGCCUAUGGUGACCGGGACUGUGAGGGUUCCGAGUCAACCAUCAACGUCUGGGACAACAGCUGCCGUGAUCACGGCGUCGCCGACACGUGGUCCGUCCGGGUGUUGAACUACGGGGGAAAGGGACAACGGGGGCGUUUUUACGCUACAAAGGAGGCAUGCUGGUAUGGGGCUGAUGAUGCAUACUGGGUUGAUGGCGGUGAUGGGGGUUUCCAGGAGGGAGAAUGCGUCAACUUCGACAAGGGAAUGAAGGCCAUGGGUUCUUCUCGUAUUAAAUAAUU